CUGCACUGUCUUGUUUGGAUCACCCAUAGGAAAGAGGCUAUUGUCUGUGUGGAGUGGACGGAGAUGAUUUACAGAUAAUUUAUGAGCCCUGAAAAAAAACGCGCGCACACAAACUGACCAAGGUAGACAACACACUCAUGUUAACAAGUCUUUAACAAUUUUAAUGGAAGUAAUCUAUAUAUCUACGCCAUUCAGUCCACUUCCUGUAUAACGUUAACUAUCUAAUGUAAUAUGCACAUGCUGUUGCUGAUUAGCUGGCUAAUUUGCAAACUAGCAACAUAGACGUAAACUUGCUCAUUAAUGUUCGUCAGUAUGGUUUUCUCUUUUUAUCGUUUUGCUGUCAUUGGUUUAGUAAUAUUUGUUGUUUUUAUCAGGAAUUUUAUACAAAUUAAGAGAAUAAUAGUGUAAAAACGUGUCCCUGGACGAAAUGCUUUAAAUAGCGACAGGUUCCUUGGCUUGUAUAUGGUUAAAUGGCACAGGGUGGGGUUUGGGGAGGGGGCACCAGCUGCCACCUUUCCCUUUAAAGAGCUGAAGGGAGGGAACAACACAGAGGGAUCCCAUGUCACCAUUAGAUUAGGACUAAAUUGUGAGGAAAUACAAAUUUACAAAACAAAAACAUCGACAGAGAAAGAGGUGAGGGGGGAAACGAACCGAAGAAAUGAGAGGCAGCUUAAGGAAUAACAUUUGUAGUCGUGCCCGGCAUGCUGCUUGUUCGACAUAAAUAAUUUCAAACCGACCUCUCAGUCUGCAACUAAAGACCUGCUUACGGUCUUUUUAACCCUGGACAACGGGAACAGGUGAAGAUACGGAGGAAAGGAUGCUAAAACUGAGAAGAAAGGGAUAGACUGUUAAUGGAGUGACUGCAUGAAGAUUAAAGAAAUAGAGAAAGAGAGAGGUGUUUCCCCGCUGCUCGUUUCGCUUGCUUGGAUAAUCUGUUUGGAUUAGGGAAUUUAAAACAAUUGCUUGACAUGACAGAAAUGUGUUUUUAUUAGGCACAUUCAAUAGGAUAAUAGCAAUGUAACACUCAUGUAUAUACUGGUAAUGAUUUAUUUAAGGAAAAAGGGAUAGCAGAGGUACAAUAUAGGCUAUAUUUAUAUAUUUAUUACAGACUAGAAUUUCAUAUAACUAAAGAUAACACGCUCUAUAGCACGUUUUGAACCGACAGGUGUUGUAGCAAGACUAUUUUACAUUAUUUAUAACUGUAGCCAUUUUGAGGAAAACAGAAUCAUAUGUUUAAUUAUACUGCACAGUCAUUCGGACACCACGCCGCGAGGAUCCCUCAGCUCAAUCAGAAAAUAAUAAAUUCCACGUAGCGUUUGUGUGCGUUCUUGUGUGUGUGUUCAGCAACACGCACACUGCACGCACGCGAACAGAGCCAGACCCAAAGCGAGCUCCUCCUCCCCCUCCCCGCUCGGUUCUCUCUCCUCCUCUCCCUCCCCCUGCUCCUCUAUGCUCAGUUCGGUGUGUGUCUCCUCUUUCAAAGGGCGCAAGGGUGGGAACAAGUCGUCCAACAAAGCAUGUUACAGCGCAGACAUGACUUGUCCGUCAGACAGCGAGAAAAUAGUGAUAAACUGCGGGGGGAUUCGGCACGAGACGUACCGCAGCACACUGAAGACGCUGCCCGGGACCCGCUUGUCCUGGCUGACGGAGCCAGAUGCGUUCAGUAACUUUGACUAUGACCCCAAAUCCGACGAGUUUUUCUUUGACCGUCACCCCAACACCUUUGCGUUCAUCCUCAACUAUUACCGCACAGGGAAGUUGCAUUGUCCCAGUGAUGUCUGCGGUCCUCUGUUUGAGGAGGAGCUCGCCUUCUGGGGUAUCGACGAGACGGACGUGGAGGCUUGCUGCUGGAUGAACUACCGACAGCAUCGGGACGCCGAGGAAGCGCUGGACAGCUUCGAGACGCCCGAGCCGGACCCACCAGAGGACGACCCGGCGCUAACUGGAGGAGCGGACGGUGACUUGAAGAGGUUGUGUCUACAGGAGGAUGGGCGAAACCCCAGCCGGUGGAGUACCUGGCAACCCUGGGUCUGGGCGCUGUUUGAGGACCCCUACUCCUCGAAAUACGCCAGGUAUGUGGCGUUCGGCUCGCUCCUGUUCAUCCUCAUCUCCAUCUCAACAUUUUGCUUGGAGACACACGAGGCCUUCAACACCAUCUACAAUAAGACAGAGAACGUGACGGUGGGGAACGUCACGCGGGAAGAGGUUGUGUUUGAGGUAGUGACUGACAACUGGCUGACCUACGUGGAGGGCGUUUGCGUGGUCUGGUUCACCAUCGAGGUGUUCACCCGUGUCAUCUUUUGCCCGGACAAGGCUGAGUUCUUCAAGAGCUCGCUGAACAUCAUCGACUUUGUAGCCAUCCUGCCCUUUUACCUAGAGAUGGCGCUGAGCGGCCUCUCCUCUAAAGCAGCCAAAGAUGUGCUGGGCUUUUUGCGUGUGGUGCGAUUUGUCAGAAUUCUGCGAAUCUUCAAGCUCACGCGCCACUUUGUGGGGCUGAGGGUGCUGGGCCACACACUCCGUGCCAGUACCAAUGAGUUCUUACUCCUCAUCAUCUUCCUUGCUCUUGGGGUGCUCAUCUUCGCCACUAUGAUCUACUACGCCGAGCGCAUCGGCGCCGACCCGGAUGACCCUACAGCCAGUGCCCACACCGCCUUCAAAAACAUCCCCAUCGGCUUCUGGUGGGCGGUGGUCACCAUGACGACUCUAGGCUAUGGUGACAUGUAUCCCGAGACAUGGUCGGGCAUGUUGGUGGGCGCCCUGUGUGCCCUGGCAGGCGUGCUGACCAUCGCCAUGCCUGUGCCCGUCAUUGUAAACAACUUCGGCAUGUACUACUCUCUGGCCAUGGCCAAGCAGAAGCUGCCCAAGAAGAAGAACAAGCACAUCCCACGGGCGCCGCAGCCUGGAUCGCCCAACUACUGUAAGCCAGAUGCCCUGGCCAUGGCCACUGCCUCGCCGCACAGGAUCAUGGGUAAUGUGCUGGGCAGUAUGGUGGUCUCUGGAAGCAUGGCAGGAGACUGUCCUCUUGCACAGGAGGAAAUCAUAGAGAUUAACAGAGCAGACUCGAAGCAGAAUGGGGAUGCUGCAAAUGCAGCUCUGGCUAAUGAGGACUGUCCCACUAUAGAUCAAGUGUUGGGGCCAGAUGAUAGGAGUCCAGCCACCGGUGGGCUGGGCACAGGCACGGGGCGUGAGCGUUACCCCCAUGAUAGGGCCUGCUUCCUCCUCAGUACUGGAGAGUUCCGCACCACAGACAGCAAUGUCAGGAAAGGUUGUGUCGUGUCAUGCGUUUCUGCUGGCUACGAGAAGUCCCGCAGCCUCAAUAACAUCUCUGGGAUGACAGGAGCCCCCCUCCGCUUGACCCCCAUCACCCCCAUCAACAACCCACCAUACGAACCCUACGAGUCCCCCGGGCCCCUGCGCCGCUGCCGAUCCCCUAUACCCUCCAUUCUGUAGCACAUCUUAGGGAACGGCAACAAAAUAAUCACCAUGCACACUAUACCGCAAUAGUAUUAAUAACCACAAGAACGCCGCUAAAUACUCCUCCAUUGACUGGACAGGAUGGGGGCACCCAGCACUCUUUUUAAUAUAUCAUGCCUCAAAGGGAAUGGGAGGAAUUUGUUAAGGGAUUUAGAGCUUUAAGUACUAAAAUCACCGCAUAUAUACUUCAGGCAAUAUUUCAGACAGGCAACUAAAACAAUUAUAUGCUGUUACGUCAGCAAAUUAUGCCUUAUUAUCAAAGAUUAAAAAAAAAGAAGCACUGAAUUCUAUUAGGAUAAAACCCCUCACUGUUUAAUAGGCGGCAGCGGCGAGCACCCUGUAGGAAAUCCACCCCUGUAGUUGAAUGAUAGUAGUUGGCUUCUUCAUAUGUUCCUGCCUGAUUGCAGGAUGUGUAAAAAACAAAAAAACAAACAAAAAAAAACACGUGACUGUGAUCCAGCAGGUACUAGUCGCUGAGGUCAGCUUUGAUACACCAUUAUAGGCCUUGAAAAAUCCACUUCAUAUCACAGCUUGGAAUGAUAAAGGUCACAGACAACAUGCAAGUAGCUCAAGUGCAUGCAAGAAAAGAUGUCAGUUAGGCAAGUAGACUAUAUCUAAACUCCCAGUCCCCCUUUAACUUCAGCGAGGAAGUAAAAAUUAAUGCUGAACUGAUUUUAGAGAAAUUAUUUGUUGAUUUGAUUGUGAUGAAGGAGGUUUUUGUGGUCCAGGCCAUUAUAUGAAGUAUUAUGAAUAAGACCAACACUUAGCCAUUAUUUAAUCACACACAGAGUAUUUCCUACAGCAACUUUCGUUGUCACUUCAAGAUAUAACUCACACCGUUAUGCUCUUUAUUUAGGACAAAGAGAAACGCUUAAACCAUUCUUGUGCAAUAUCCACUAUUACAAUGACUUCUGACCUGGAGGAGCUGGAGAUGAACCCUUCAAACUAAUAACUAACACUAACAGAGAGACCGAGAACUGAUCAUUACAAGAACAACAACUAAAAAAAGAGAAGCUAUUUUUGUACUCAGCGUUUGGACUUUGCGAUUCGGAUCGGGGAUUGGAGUUGCGCGGGCGGCUUUGAGUUGACAUUUUGGGAGGACGGGAUAUCGUGCUUUUGCAUGGAGAUCUGCAAUUAACGUUUUGGUUUUUGUAUUUUGACUCUGCAUAUUCAACACCAAGUACGAGGAAAUGAAAGAGCUGAAUGUAUGACAAAAAAAAAAUUAGGAAAGAAGAAGGAGCCAUCUUAUUAAGGGCCUAUAACCUUCUGCACUUCUUCGGGACCCUUUACAAAUUUGUAUACUAGUGCAUGAAGGAACUGUCGUUAAAAUAUAUCCUUACUAUGGUACUUCCUCAUAAAUAUGAAGACAUAUCAAGCUGAACUGCACUCCUCACUGCAUAUCCGCACAUCCUGGGGCUGUGGUGAAUCAGACAGUGGCCUCAAAGUUUCCCCAUUUGGGGAAAGAAUUCGCUGGACCUUUUCAUCCUCAUUAUCAUCGCCAUCACCCUUUCUCAAUCAUAAUCAUUUUCUGAUUACUGUUAUUCCUCUCAUUUGAAUGCAGUAGAAAAUCAGUUCAGUUUGUUUUCUUUUUGGUCUCCUUUUUUCUUUCUCUGUUCCUUUUCUUUUAUUAUUUAUUUAUUCUUUCGUUUAAUCUGCUCUGUCUCUCGGAUGCUGACCUUCGUUCCAAUAUAAAGGAGGGAACAUUGAAUGGAUGCUGGAUUGACAGCGUGCUGAGCUUCUGAACUGCCCCUUUUUUCAAGCUCCCCAAUCGCAAAACCUGUCCAGAGGCAAACCCCGGAGUCACCGCAGGAUUUGAGACGACGAAAGAGAGACAACGAGAGAUGAACAGAUCGCUGCGCUGAACUGACUUGAAGAAAAUAUCGUAUCGCUCAUCUCUCCAUUACUUAUUUUAAACCCCAACCUAGGUGCAAUAAACUGAAGAUACACAAUGUCCUGGGAGGAAUUAAAACACAUUCUUCCUUAAGAGAUCACCAGGCUUGGAAAAAAAAGGGUGGGAUUAAGCAUACAAACUGUAGUAUGUCCCGGCACGACCCUUUUCCUGGUGGAAAUGGAUGCAAUUUUAAAACGACAAGACUUUUUUUUUGUGGGGCAUAACACCUAGAUAAAUGCACCUAAAAGUUGGCAUAAAGAAAAAAAAAACUUCAGUCCAGUCUCAGAUGAAAAAAAAUGUGUGGAAAAACACUCAUCAUGCCCUUCAACGCUAUGCAAUUCAACCACACAUUCACAGAAGAGUUCAUCAAGCGCUUCGAUCGAACAGUUAUCAGCCAAACUUUUUCCACUCCUUUAACUUUUGGAGAUCUUGCACGUGCUUUAAAUGAAAAUAGACAGUGGCGUCAUCGGCCUGCCAUAUUGCUGUAUCGUACAAACCGUUUCCCCAUCCAUCCAAUCAGAAAUCUUGUUCAGAGUGUCCUUCUCAGGGCUCACGGAAAGGUGACUAUGAAGAAAAGAGCGUCAGCCUCUCUCUUUUCUCUCUCUCUUAGUUCAGCUCUCUGCAUCUCAGCAUUUCUGUUCCACUGUAGAUGAACUGCAUGGCAUGAAUGAAAAAAAAAAGAAAUAAAAAAACAGAGAAAAAUGGUAGAGAUCAUGCUGAGAGGAACAAGAGGAAACUAGACAGGACCGCUGCACAGUGCAAUAUGGGUGACUCUGGAUCAGUGGAUGGGGUCACGGAUGAAAAACGCAGGUCUUUAACCUUGAUGUGGGGAAUAGAAAACAAGUGCAUGACACCAGUUGAAGGACAAAGGGGUUUUUAAGAGGACUGAGUGAACUUUGAACAAAAGCCGACAAAAAAAAAAAAGAGAAAACUAAAAAUGCAUUUUUCUCACUUUGUUUACCAGCAUGACUAAACUGCAUGACUUCUGCAAGCCCUGAUCCCCAAAUUAGAGGGCUUGAAUCACUAAACUCCAAAAUCAAAAGGAAACAAUAAAAGUUUAUGCUAAAUGCUACUAAAUUUAGAAGAAAAAAAAGCAUAUAUUUAAAAAAAGAGAGGCUCUAUAUUUUGUUUUUGAAUAAAAAAAGAAGAAUAAUGUAAAAAUAUAUAGGAUUGCAAGAUUCACAGUUUUGUUGGAUUAAAGAUAAACCCCACUGAGUCUAGCUGAAUGAUGAGAUGAACUCCUUCACUCCCUCCAUGGCUUCAAGUGACAUCUUCCCUCCUUUUUCUCACCCUUUACUUGGACUCUCCUGGCUCUCUGAUCUGCCCUUCACGAUUACCCUCAGUCAUAUCAGCCUCCGGCAGCAGCACGACAGCUCCUCGGGAGACCUCCAACACCUACAGGGCUCUUUUCUUUUGAAGGUUAUGGGUCUGAAGAGCAAGGUGGAAGGGCAUUUUAAGGCCUUGGGUGACGUUUUCUUUUUAAGUUCAGCUCUGGUGGAAAGUAACUUUGAUUUGCAGCAUUUGCUCUUCUUUAUUUCAUCCACUUUCUGUGGGUUAAUCAAAGCUUUAUCCAUCAAAAGUGAGUCCAAUCUGAUGAAUAUCAGCGUGGUGUGAACUGCUGCGUCUUGAGACCCUGAGCACUUACAUCACAAAGCACUAUUGUCCAAUCAGGAAGCCAUAAUCUCCGAAAGUAGCGACAGCAUCUGAGCUCAAAGGUGCUCAUGCAUGGGAACAUGCUGGUUCAAAAACCUGCACACAAUUUUUGUAGUUCUUAAGUUGUGUUGAUUUAAAGAUAUUAGCAUUUACGUCCUAUAAUUUAUUUUUGGAUACUUUAUUGGGUGUCAGAUUUUUGUUUUCAGCCAUCUAAGAUUUAUAUUUAUAGAAAACUAGAUUUUAUUACGAACGAUUGCAUAUGCUGAGCACUCAUGCCAUUCUAGAAAAACCAGCCAUGCCAUACCAAAAUGGACUUCAGUAUUAACCUAGCAGCAGAUUUCUGGUAUUAGCAUUAGUAUGUGUGAGAGGAGGGCCAUGACUCCACCUUAAACUCAUAGAUAACACACGUGACGAUUAGCUCUUUUACUGUUUGUCUUCACCAAGAAAUGUUUUGUUUAAAGAGUCUGGUUAAGUUUAGACUGUGUUUACAUUUAUUUAUGCCACUUGAUGUUGUUUGUUCUAUCAGCGCUCGUCAUUCUAACGUAAGCUUAGUUUAGUAACUACCUAUGCAACACCUAAGCAAGACCUUAGCAGCUCACACACUCACACACACAAACACACACAUACACACACGUCAUGUGCUCAGGCCAGCUGGCUGGUGUCUGUUUACCGGUGCUGUGUGUCCGGGGAGGGAAAAAACAACACAGAUGCAGCUCCAUCACCACAAGAGCCAGCGUUUUCUAGAGUCAUUUCAAACGUUAGCAAGUAGCUUGACGGUGCGGUAGACGUGUGCAGCUGCAGUAGCCAUGUUGCGCUUUUUUUCACGGGAAUUCCCUUCUUUCUGAGUAGCGUCCGGCCUGUUUUACGUCUUUCCUGCUCGCUGCUUCCCGGGUGCAGGAAGACACUCAUGCACUUUUUCGAGUCAUAGGCAUAUAUUCAUGUACUGUAGGACAUAUGUGUUUGUUUUAGGUUGCAGAUUUCAUCUCAUAAGCGUUUGUUGACUGGUUAUGUACCUUUCUGGUCGGUCGAACGGAGCAAUAAUGAUGGAGGGCCACCUUUUGUCUCAUUUCUCAUACGAAAUCCAGUGUGCCUGAAACUGUUCCCUGAAUGUGUAUGUAUGUAAACGGCCACAUCCAUCGAAGAAGCUCUCUCUUGCGAAUGCUUUCCUGGAGGGUUCGUCUUGGCGUGAAUGAGACCGCAGCCCCCUUCAGAUGGCUGACAGCUCAACAUACCUUUACUUGAAACCCAAAUACAAAACAUAUCAGAGAGGAGCAGAACAAAGCCAGAAUCAGUCUUCACGCUUUCUCCACUUCCUGUUUGCAUCCCCCCUCCCCGCCUUCAUCCGUCCCCCUGUCCUUCUGGAAUUUUGGAGGAAGAAGCUUUUUUGCAUCCCUUGUUCUUGUGUUUUCUAUCAUAUUGUUUGAAGUUGAAUUAUAAUGCAUGCAUGGAAAACAAUGAGGACAUAACUUGUGAAUAAUUUGUGAAUGGCCAGAAUGAGGGAACCAUCUCUUUCAGCUGGGCUCUCUACUCUGCGACUUCUCUCUCGGAGAAACUUUUACACCAUAAAGGUGGCACAGAGGUGCUUCCGAGGAGGCGUUUGAGUGUCUUUGCACAGUAUUUAAUGCAGCUCGGAGGUGGCUUGAGCGCUGCAGUUACAGCUGCAUACUUUGAGCAGGCGUUUAUGCAGCAUCGCUGUUUAUAUUUCGAAUUGUACGUUGGCAGCCUUAACUCUUUGUAAAGACACCCUCAUAAAGGAUAGAAGAACAUGUUUCUGGUGUCCCUCACCUUUUUAUUCGAAUUGUAGCCAUUUCAAAUGAUAGCUAUGGCUAUAUGGUAGCCAUUUUGAAAAAUGUACUUGUUUCUAUAUUGUUUUUGUCUGGAUGAUAUCUGUAGUGAACAUUCAUCAGAGCUUCCACAGACUCAGAGCUGAACAGAUGCAGCAGAUGUCAACAACAAAAAAACCCUGCAGGAAUUCAGUUUCCCCUGCAUGUGUAUUUACAUUUAUUGUAGUAUAGUUUGGCCCGAUAUGCACUAUGUGUUUUUUGUGUUUCGUCCUUUUAUACUUAUCGUAGCUUAUUUAAAAGGGGGAUUGAUUGCACUAUCAGAGCUAAUGGAGCUGCUGAGCGAAAGCCUAAACACACUCUAUAUUCACCCCAAAGACGCGAAUCAUUGAUGAGGAGAGUGAGAGAGAGAGAAAGAGAGGCCAGUGAGAAAGAGAAGGUUCCUAAAAAAAAUGGAUGAGUUCUAUGCUACUAAGAUUGAUGCUGGAUACAAUUUUAUUGUCAUACAAAAAAGGGAAAAAAAAUAUCAAGAACUGUAUAAAAUAUAUUUCAAUGGAAUGUUUAUUAUUUACCUUUUAUAUUUUUGAAAUGUAUAAAGAAAAAGAUUAAUAAACUGUAUAAUUUAACAGAGUUUGUGAAAACGGAGACUUAAAAAUCGUUAUAUUACUAAAAGUAUGAAAGUUUGAACGUGAAUGCUAACCUACCUGAUCAAAUCUCCAUUACAGAUAGGGAAAAAAAGAACAAUUA